AAAUGGAAAAUGAAAAGUCUUUAUUUUUAUCUCCCAUUUCAAAAAGCUUCUGCCUGAAAGUCAACGCCUCUCCCUCUUCUUCUUCUCAGCUUCAUUUCUCUCUCUGGCGUGCUCUCUCUGUCUCUCUAUCUCUCUCAAUCGGCCAUGAGAGUGAAAUCAAAAGCUUGACAUAUUCAAUUGAAUUUUAUUUAUUUGUUUGGGUUCGAAUUCGAUCAAUUUAUUAUGGGGAACGGCUUUGGGAAAGUGAGCGGGUGCUUCACCGGCGGCGAAGAACGACGUUGUCACAGGAGGCACGACGUGGCGGUUGUAGCUUCGGACUCAUACGACGAGGGACUCGGGCACUCCUUCUGCUACGUCCGACCCGACCCCACUUGGCUCGCCUCGUCCAAAGUCCACUCUGAAGAAGCAACCACCUUCAGAACCAUCUCCGGCGCCUCGGUCAGCGCCAACACCUCCACCCCUCUCUCCACAUCUCUAGUCGAUCUCUACUCAUACAACAGCAUCGAUCGAGCGGCGGCUUUCGAGAGCUCGACCUCCUUCGCUUCGAUUCCUCUGCAACCCAUCCCAAGAAAUCUGAUCAAUUCGGGUCCGAUUUCAGGUAAUCUGGGAGCUGGAGUUCCUGGGUCGGGUCCGCUCGAGAGAGGGUUCUUGUCGGGUCCGAUUGAGCGCGGGUUCAUGUCGGGUCCGCUCGACCGUGGGAUCUUCUCGGGUCCAAUGGAAAAGGGUUACUCCGAACAGUUCCAGAGGAGCUUCUCAAUUGGCGGUCUCGGGUUUAAACCGAGAUCCGGGAAGCGGAAGUUGAUUCGGGUUUUGCAGAGGGCGAUAUCGAAGACGAUAUAUCGGGGUCAAAACUCGAUUGUUUUGCCGAUAAAAAGCCGGGUCGUAUCGGUGAAGGAGGAUUGGGUUGUUGGUGGACAAGAGAAGUUUCAUCAUCACAAUGAGAACUUGACUGUGAGCAGUGUGAAUUUCAGCAGCGAGGGUAGUUUGGAAGACGACGAGUCGUUGGCGAGCCAGAAUCUUCAAUGGGCUCAGGGGAAAGCAGGGGAGGAUCGGGUACACGUCGUUGUUUCGGAGGAGGAUGGAUGGGUUUUCGUCGGGAUUUACGACGGAUUCAACGGCCCAGAUGCGCCGGAUUACUUGUUAUCCAACUUGUACUCAGCUGUGAACAAGGAGUUGAAAGGGUUGUUGUGGGAUGAGAGGGCUGAAUCGGGUGCGGUGGCCGCCCCUGCAACCUCCCCUGUUCACUAUGAAGAUUCGAAUUCGGUUUUGAAUAUGGAGAGUGAUGGUGAUUUGGGAAGGAAUCCAAUGGUGGAUGAUUGUGCUCAGUGUGUUGAGCAAGAGAAUCAUCCUUCUGCAAGUGGGGAUGGGAAUUUAGAUUCCAAUUCCAGGAGAACGGAAGGGAGGAAUUCGAAAACCAAGUACCGGAGCACCGCAAGGAAAUGGGAGGAUAAUCAGAGGAGGUGGAGGUGUGAAUGGGAAAAAGAGAGAGUGGAGCUUGAUAGGAGGUUGAAGGAACAGCUCAGCAAGUUUGUUGGCUCUGAUGGGUCAUCUGCAGGAGGAGCUACUAUUAACCACUCUGAUGUUUUGAAGGCUCUGUCUCAAGCUUUGAGAAAAACAGAGGAGGCCUAUUUGGAAGUUGCUGAUAAGAUGCUUUUGGAAAAUCCUGAAUUGGCUCUGAUGGGUUCUUGUGUUCUUGUGAUGUUGAUGAAGGGUGAGGAUGUUUAUGUGAUGAAUGUGGGCGAUAGUCGGGUGGUUUUGGCUCAAAAGGCGGAACCCGAUUAUUGGCUAGGGAAGAUUAGGCAGGAUUUGGAGAGGAUUAAUGAGGAAACUUUAAAUGAUCUUGAUGCCUCUGAUGGCGAGAGAGCCAAUACAAUUCCCAAUUUGACUGCUGUUCAGCUUACCAUGGAUCACAGCACCAGUGUAGAAGAGGAAGUUCAUAGGAUCAGAAAUGAACAUCCGGAGGAUCCUUGUGCUGUGAUGAAUGACCGUGUCAAGGGUUCAUUGAAAGUCACGCGGGCUUUUGGCGCCGGUUUUCUCAAACAGCCUAAAUGGAACAAUGCACUUCUAGAGGCGUUUCAAAUAGACUAUGUAGGGACUUCGCCGUACAUCACUUGUUUUCCAUCUCUCCACCACCACAGAUUAGGCCCAAAAGACAGGUUUUUGGUACUAUCCUCCGAUGGGUUGUACCAAUACUUCACCAACAAAGAAGCUGUAUCUGAAGUUGAACUUUUCAUCACAUUGCAACCCGAAGGUGAUCCGGCACAGCAUCUGGUUGAGGAAGUGCUUUUCCGGGCUGCGAAAAAGGCCGGUAUGGACUUCCAUGACUUGCUCCAAAUACCACAAGGGGAUCGAAGGCGGUACCAUGAUGAUGUUUCUAUCAUCGUUAUUUCAUUAGAAGGAAGAAUAUGGAGAUCAUGUGUAUAUAAGUAGAGAAAAUCACAGAUAAAUAUUUAUAAAAAAAUUAUAGAGACAGCCCGGAAAAAAGUCAGGCAUUUUCCUCAUCUUCGUUUUUGUUUUUGUUUAUAUCCUUAAUCACCUUUGUAAAAUACCAAUUAAGCUUCAGGAAGUGGCUGAGGAACUUGGUUGUCCAGUUUUCUGGGUGGUGAGGACUGUAAAGAUGUAAAAGCUGGUUCUAGUUGAUUAUAAACUGUCAUAGAAAAAAAAA